CAACCCUCUUGCGGUAGCCGGUGUGGCGCCUUCUCAAACGGAAAGAGAGGUAUUCCUGUAUCAAACAACAGUACAAUCAGACAGUCAACCAAACAAGUAACCGGAAAAUAUGACAGUCAAAUAGCCAAACAGCCAGAUAGUCGUACAACCACCAGACAACCGGACAACCGGACAACCGGAAUACCAAUGGGACUAAUGAGUAGCGACAACCGGAGUGAAGUGUUUGUGGACAAACAAACGACGCCCGUUGGACGGCGUGUAGGAGAGGUUGUUGUUGUUGGUGGUGGUGGUGGUGUUGACUCAAAAUUGGCUCACCUGACCAUCCGUCGUCGGGAGGGAGGAGCAGGCCAAUCGCGAUGUCUUGGCGUCCGGGCAGAAGCGGUCGGCCCAGGGCCUCGACUCAACCGCAGACUGUCGUGCCGUCGCGGGCGGAGGCGACAUUUGUCCGACUUGUCCGACCGCGCCGGCGGCCCAACUGAUCCGGCCGGGCCGAGGGGCACGCGCGUAUUCGGCGGCCGGGCCGGGCCAGGCCUAAGCACGACGAGACGACACGAGACGAGGCAGGAAGGGAUCGAUACGACCGCUUUUGAACGAGACGUCCGACCGCCUGAGCUGGCCUCAGAAUGCUCACGUGGCUCGUCCCGGCCAGACUGGCGCUCUCCUCGGCUUGUCGCACGACGUCCGGUUCGCCACGGGCUCCCGGUGCAUUUCGGCCGAUGGAGGCGUGAAGCCGCCGGGCCCUCUCGCCCUGAUGCACCUCAACUGCCCCCGGCCACGCCCGGCUCUGUCCGCAAUGCCCGCGGCGUCCGAGGCGUCCGAGUCGACUGA